CGGAGCGGGGCUGUGGAGAACCCCGCCCCCAAGGGAGGGGCAGCACCGCCUACCAACGCCGCGCGCGGUGCGCUCCAACGGCCCUAACGGCCGCAACUGUCACCUGUCUCCUCCCCCCCGCCCGGCGCCGCACGGGAUGCGUCACUUCCGGGCCCGCUGCGAGGCGGGGCUCUGGGCCCGCGGGAGAGCCGGCUACAGAAUAACGUCCACGUUUCACUCCAGAUCAUCCCGUCCUCCCAGGGGGAAGGAAAUGGCUGCAAUGGAGCUGGCUCAGGGGCUGGUGACUUUCGAGGAGGUGGCUGUGUAUUUCACCAGGGAAGAGUGGGCUCUGCUGCACCCCACUCAGAGAGCCUUCUACAGGGAUGUUAUGCAGGAGAACUAUGAGACGGUUGUCUUACUGGGGUUUCCAGUUUCCAAACCUGAUGUGAUCUCACAGCUGGAACAAGGGGAAGAGCCGUGGAUCCUGGACCUCCAGGGCUCUGAGAAAGAAGAGCUCCCCAGAGGUGAUGGGAUGGUGAGUGAGAAUGAGGAGAAACCCCAGCAGGAAGAUGCUGAGCAAGUAGAACCACAUGGAACAUUAUCAGGAAGAUCCAAAGGGAAUGUUUCCAGGAGUUGUGCACUCCGAGAAAAAGGAAAAGCCUGUGAGACUCGGGAGAUGCCAGAGGAAAACUUCAGUAGCCACUCAAACCUUAUAACCCGCGACAGAAUCAACUUGGAAGAGACACGCUACACAUGCCAUGAGUGCGGGAAAAGCUUCAAUGGGAACGCUGCCCUUAUCACACAUCAAACAAUCUACACGGGUGAGAAAGCUUAUGGAUGCUCUGAGUGUGGGAAACGCUUCAUUGAUAGUUCAACCCUCACCUCACAUCAGCGAAUCCACACAGGAGAAGUGCCCCACAUAUGCUCUGAGUGCGGGAAACGCUUCACUCGGAGCUCACACCUUAUCAGACAUCAGAGAAUCCACACAGGAGAGAGGCCCUACACAUGCUCUGAGUGCGGUAAAAGCUUCAUUCGGAGCUCACACCUUAUCAGACAUCAGAGAAUCCACACAGGCGAGACGCCCUACACGUGCUCUGAGUGCGGGAAAAGCUUCAGUCGGAGCUCACACCUUAUCUCACAUAGGAGAAUCCACACAGGUGAGAAACCGUAUGGAUGCUCUGAGUGCGGGAAAAGCUUCAGUCGGAGCUCACACCUUAUCACACAUAGGAGAAUCCACACAGGGGACACGCCCUACACAUGCUCUGAGUGCGGGAAAAGCUUCAGUCAGAGCUCUGCCCUGAGUGCACACAGGAGAAUCCACACAGGAGAGACGCCCUACACAUGCUCCGAGUGCGGGAAAAGCUUCAGUCGGAGCUCAAACCUAAUCACACAUCAGAGAAUCCACACAGGAAAGACACCGUACACAUGCUCUGAGUGCGGGAAAAGCUUCAAUCGGAGCUCACACCUUAUCAGACAUCAGAGAAUCCACACAGGAGAGAAGCCCUACACAUGCUCUGAGUGCGGGAAAAGCUUCAGUCGGAGCUCACACCUUAUCACACAUAGGAGAAUCCACACAGGUGAGAAACCAUAUGGAUGCUCUGAGUGCGGGAAAAGCUUCAAUCAGAGCUCUGCCCUCAGCGCACAUAGGAGAAUCCACACCAGUGAAAAACCAUAUGGAUGCUCUGAGUGCGGGAAAAGCUUCAAUCACAGCUCUGCCCUGAGAAGACAUAGGAGAAUCCACACAGGAGAGAGGCCCUACACAUGCUCCGAGUGUGGGAAAAGCUUCAGUCGGAGCUCACACCUUAUCACACAUCAGAGAACCCACAUGGGCAAGAACUGUAAUAAAUCCCUUGACUAGGGCUGGCCAAAGAUUUCUUUUUAAAAAAAUCACAUUUUUGCACCAUAUUCACCAUGGUUUCUCAGCUCCGCCAGAUGAGUUGCCUGGUUCUGCCUUUUGCUGCUCACCUUCUUUGGGGUCAGUCUGUGAUCUUUUCUAUCAACUCAUUUCCUUUUGAGUCGUAGGAGUGUGUGUCCCUCCAGCCAGGAAUGUUCCUGAGCUCCAGAUGGGGGGGAGAGGUUUGAUCCCAGCAAGCUACACUGAGCAAAAACUACCUGUGCCUGACAUCCACUAGGACUGUAAAUGCCGUUGGCUGCUCAAGUUAGUGAUCUUGAUGUAAAAAGACAAUUCUAGUUGUAGAGCAGAUUCAGCCCAGGUGCAGUGGUUGGCAUUAGGUUCCCCCUUGUCCUGACCUAAACAAACCUUGAUCAUCACGGUUAUACUGUUCCCCCAUUUCAAAGCAAUUGUUAGUCAUCAAGUUCCCCCUUCGGGAAUAAAUUGUUUCAUUCCCAGUUGCUCGGAUGUUGCUUCAGGUUGUGCUGCAGAGCAGAUAUUUUUACUACCAUUUUCUUCACUUAAAAUAUAUUGAACUAUAACAAAGAGCAGGAACAGGGCAGGGAUAGGAAAAAAUGUUAUUUCACCCUCUGUAACAACAGAAGAAGAUCGGGUAAGUCAGAGGGAUUCCCUUAUUCCUCAUCACCAUCCCAAUCCCCCUGUUGUUCAGUUGGUUAGGUCAAUAGUUUUUCUAAAGGGCUGGGAAGAGGAUUCCCUAGUAAAUGACUUGGAACUAAGCAAAAUACCCAUGCAUUGGGCUCCCAAAGCAGUUGUGGCACGGGCUUUGCAGGAGGUCGCUCCUGAAGAUAUCUCCUUCCUAAUCAGCUGCAUGUUGCCUAUUAUUUGGGAAAGGCAAUCCCUAUCUAGGUAAAGAUGGGGAAAAUGAAAGGGACAUUUCUCUUCAGCUCACCCCUGGGAGAAGCUGCAAAUGUGUAGAAAAUGAAAUCCAUGUUGAAUGUGAUAUAGCUGCAGAAAGAUACCUAUUUUUAAUAGGCACCUGACAUUUGGUGUCUUAGAGGUAUUCUAAGCAGCACCUGAAUUUAGUCCCUAAUUUAAAUCUGUGCCACCAGAUUAAAGAAAUAAAAGGGCAUAUUUGGGGGCGUUAUACCUCACUAUCGCUACUGAUAUGUUGUGUGGUUGGUGAAGUAUUCUACGCCAGGAAAGUCUAAAAUUACUCGAAGUAAGGUUAAAGAUUUGACAAGAACUAAGGUAGAAAUUGCAGGUACUGGUGGUUGAUUUUCACCCCAGAGAUGGAAGCUAUGGUGACCUGUGGCCCAGGUAAACUAUUUUUAGAACCCUGCUCCCUUGUUUAGUGGCAUUGGUCACACACCUGAAGGAUGCCAUAAUUAAAUUGGGCACAACUGUCUUUUACCAUUUGGAUCCAAAGUUUCAUUAAUCACAGAGAAAAACAGCUGAUUCCCUCAGAGACAUUCUAUGCCUCUGGGUCCGAAUAUGGCUGCCUUGUUGGACAAGAAGCACUUUGAUGCUGGGCAAAUGAUGGUAGCCAAUGAGGGAAUGUAUCAGAUUCCAAGUUCAGACUGCAGGAUACGUGAAUGCUGAGUACAUAGUCUGUUGUUUGGUCUCUUCGAUUUGCUAUUAAGUCUAAUGCAUUUGUAUCAGUUCUCCUCCUUCUGCUAUUUUGAAAGAUUAGAAAGUGUGAAAAUAGAGCACAGGUGGUUUUUCUCAUGAUGCAGCCUUCCCAUGUAGCGCGAGACCCCCUUUCACCCACACUUCUGGGAGAAGACCCAGGGAGAAAUGAACUCACAGAAAUGGAAGGCUCCUAGGUUAUUGUAGAAUGUGACUUCACACAAAGCUCACUGGGUGGAAAUGGGAAUUAAGAGAAAAUUGCUCUAUCAGUUUAUAUUUUGUAAUUGUUAAAUGAGUUGUUACCAGCAACAAUGAAAUUAAACAUGAAGUUAAUUAGUGUCA